CGUCGUUUACCUAGUAGUAGUCGCUGUUAUCCCCUUGGGCCCCGCGAAUGGCCCACGCUAUCCUGUCGGGAGAUUAAUCGGAGUUUCAGUUCAAAGUCAAACAGUCGCUCGCGAGUAAAUGUCGACGCGUUAUAGUUACCGAUAGAAUACCGCGUGGGAAUGCUGCUGCUGUUGCUCUGAAAUAUUACGAAAAUGCCAUACGCGGCUGCUCCCGUCGCAAUUGCGUAUUGCAACGCGGUCGAAUGUUGAUGGAACGUCGUUUUUCUCUGUUUUCCGUCGUGGAGAAGACAGUUGUCGAUGAGUCUAGAAUUCGCGAAAAUAUCCUCCAGAAACAUCAUUAAAAUGUGUGCACUAAGAGAGUUUCCUAUAUGUGAUUGUUCCUUAUUUUCUCGCUAGGAAUAUUUUAAAUAAAUUCGAGAGAAAUGACAAUAUUGUUUUCUGUUAUAAAUUUUCACAUGAAAGAACAUUCGCGUUUACGCACUCUAAAACGAGCGAGGCGUGCAAAAAUCUGUGUUCAUUUUUUCUCAUUUCUUCAGCCCGUAUUUCAUUUUAUUGUAUUCCCGAUACUUAUUUUAUUCAGGUGUGCCGUGCGACCUUUUUUACACGAGUGAAGCGCGUCUCGCGUAAAACAGGAUGGAUUCCGAAGUAACGUAUCCUCUAUAGCGCAACGUCGGACCAAUGUCAUGCCUAAUGCACCGGAGAACCGUGCAGGAUACGCGCGACGCGCGAGACAGGAUCAACCUUGUUGACGCCGAAGUAACGCGUAACAUCUGGAUUGACAAUCGAUUGACAAGUCCCCCCCCAAGAUUUUUCUCUUGAAAGGGAAAGAGAUCAAUGAUUAUUAAGAGCGAUAGUUUGCUUCUUGUAAUUGUGUCCCGUUAAUUUAAUCCUUUUACAUCGCUCAUAUUUUGUACACGUUUCUACAUUCAAAUCGUACAACAAUCAUAAAAUUCGCAUAUACAUACACAUGUAGCCUGAGCGAUGGUUAAAAAUUUUAAAGUACUUUUAAAGUUGAAAUGUACUUCUCUUUUUCUUGAUUCAACACCAAAAAGUUGGACCGUAUUUUCUAGAAGUGCAGUGCUCUAUUAGUUAAGACCACUUUUUGCGCGAGUCGCCGCCGGUUUCUUCGUGAGAGUUCUCGGUAAGGCGCGUGUUACCGUGUAUAGUACCUGUUGCUGUAUGCGAAACUUUUGCGGACGAUUUUUCCGCUUAUUUUCGCGCGUUGCCGCAUUCGCGGGAGCGUCGUGCCAUUUCGAUCAAUCAUCUCUCUUUCCCUCUCCCUCUCUCUCUUUUUCUUUUCUCUCUCUCUCUCUCUCUCUCUCUCUCUCUCUCUCUCUCUCUGUGCGAAAGAAACGUCACGCGUGAGAAGCUGCACGCACGAAUAGAUCACGAGUCAAUGAACCGCUCAAUAGAGAAUGCAAUCCCGCAGUCGUUAUGCAUGCAAAUCUAUGCUGCGAUCGAAGGAGCGACGCACUUUUUUCCCCGCUCGCUACGUUGCAAUUGCGCGGGUCGAAAUGACGUGGGGAAGUGUCUUUACACGCUUACGCCGCGAUAGACUUACGUCGCGAAGUUGUUCGUAAGAUACAGAGGAGGGCUGGAAACUUUUUAAGGUAUGUUAAUGUAUUUAAAUCCUGUCUUGGUGAAGUCUGUCACAUGUGCAAGAGCGAGCGCGUAUAUAAUUUUGUAUGUGACACGCAAAGUUUUAUUCAUAUUUUUAAACAGUUCGGUUGAAUUACUCGGAUAAUCAUCUAGUAGUAAAAGUGAGUAUGAUCGGACGUAAUUAGUUCAAAGCUGUUGCACGAAAGACGAGAAACACGCGCCUGCUACGAAAAACGUAUUUGAUUAAUUAUUUUUCUUAAGAGAAAUUUAGCACAAUUACACGUUCAUAAUUACUAUUCAGAAUAUACGAGCAACGUCCGAUAGUAAAAUAGAAAACAUUGAAUCUUAUAAUACAUUACACAAAAUAUUUGAUUCUUUUUUUCUCUCCGUAAUUAACAGAAGUUUUGGGAUUUAUAUCGAUAUUUUUUUAUUAUUAUUUACUUUUUAUACAUCUUAAACGAAUUUAUGAUGAAUUAUUAAAUUUAUGAACUUAAAAUACACAGACAUAUAGUGCUAAAAGAAUUAUCGGUCAUUAAGUUUAGAUAUAAAUUAUAAAGUUGACGAAUCAUUAUCAAAGAUUACAUAAAAAUAUUACGCGAUUCUAUAUUUCCAGAAUUCCAACGUAUUUUUCUAUGCUAAUGAUUGCACAAACUUUUUACAACCAAUUAUUUUUAUAUAAAUAAUUCAUCAUUUAUUUUAUUAGAAAGAAAAGUGCUGAUUACUCAGUUUACAGUUGUAGUAAAGUCAUCGAGAAUGUAUGUCUCUUAUCACAAAAAAUUCACGUGAUCUCCAAAUUAGCCUUAAGUAAUUAAACACAAUUAACGAGAUAACUUUUAAAAGUCCUAUCUUCUUGAGAUUUUUCUUGAGAAUGUUCUCUCUCUUCUUUUAUUUUUCUUCCCCACCGGUUUCUCCGAUUCAUCGAAGUUGGCGAAUUGAUUCGCCGCCGCGGCGACUUUCAGAAAAUAGUAAUUUUCACCGCGACGGUGGUUUGCCGAGACCGGGUGCACCUGACGUAGGCGAUCUUAGACUGAUUAAGGUAAUUCGCUGAAAUUUGUUCUCUUGCUUCAUCCCCUCCGCGUCGUCGUCGACCGCGAGUCCGGGGAUGAGAAUGCGCAUGUCGAAAUGGGGGGUACUCUUAUAUACAUAUACAUACAUAUACAACAUACGUAUACAGGUUUUUAAUUUGUGUGUGUGUGUGUGUGUGUGUGUGUGUGUGUGUGUGUGUGUGUGUGUGUGUGUGUGUGUGUGUGUGUGUGUGUGUGUGUGUGUGUGUGUGUGUGUGUGUGUGUGUUGUAUAUGAGAAUAGUCAUGAUUUUUUUAAACUAAGCUGAGAACAGAAAUCUUCCCGUGAACGUAAUUUUUAUUGUUUCAGCAUUAAUUUCGAAUCGAUCAAAAAUUAUUUUUUCUAAAAAAUUUGAUUUUUAUUCAUGUCAAAACCUAUCUUGAGAUAAUAGUCCAAUUCAUAACUGAGUUUUAUUGAUAAAAUGACUUGAGCAUGUAAGUUUUUGUAUUUAAAUGUGUAAAAGAAUUAUAUACAUAGGUAUAAAUAUGGAACCGAGAAUUUCUUCACGCAUAAGAUACUUUUAAUUUUCGUUGAUACUUGUUUCUACCUAGCGAUGCUUCUUAGACUAUUAUGCUAUUUAAUAUUGAACCCAAUUAUUUUAUAUUUUACAUUCAAGUAAAUUAUACAAACUUUCUUUGAAUAGCAAUUUUUUAAAUGUUUUCUUGGUGAAAAUCAUUAAUAUUAUAUUAAAAAUUCUAAUUUUUUUCAUCACGUCAGUGCUCUGGAAUUUAUGAUAAAGAUGUCUUGAUAAAGUCUCCUCCGACGGAACAAAACAAGAUCCGGCAUGACGCGAGCAGUGACGUCCAGCUAGAAAAAAUCGGAUUAAGCAAUCCGAUGUCGCUGGAUCAACAGGAUUUUCGUCUCACGUCCCGUUAAUCCUAAUCUAGUUUAUGCGAUUCAACUAACUAGGUCUUCUUGCGGUUUUCUGUCUCUCAUUUUUUCCAAUUAAAGGGAGCUGUACGCGAAAUUAGUUUCCUAAGAUAGAUGAUCAUAUAAGUGAUAAACAUUUCGAUAUUUAAAUAUAUAUGACGGAUAAAUAAACAUUUUGAUAAAAGAUAAUAAUUUUACAAAUCUUUUUCAUCAUAACUGAGACGUAAGAAUGAAGAAUGAAUAAAAUUAGUAUACAAUUAUUUCUUUUUUUGCUGUAAACUCACAUAUAUAUAUGUGAAAUUAACAUUUACACGUUAAAGAAAAAUUAAAGAUUGUUUUAAGUAUUUUUUAAUAUCUCUGUCAAAGACACCAUGUCCAAAAUCGAUAAUAUUCUUAAGACAUUUUAGAAACAAUUUAAGGAUGUCUUUAAACCACGUUGACAAACAUCUUUAAGAUGUCUUUAAGUUGUCUUACGUUUCGAUUUUGAAUACGCGUGCUGUCUGAGUAUAUUUGAACAGUUUACUUUAAUCGACACUAAUGUGAUACGUGAACCCUAUACGUAUCUUAUAUCCUUCGAUAGUGUCUUGAAACCGUUAUUCGAGCAUUAAAGUCGUUACGCGAUAAUAUCGAAAUUCCACGGUGGUAUUUAUACGCGAGAUUAGUUCCUAAAUGCGUUACCUUAAUUUAUGUUAUUGAUUUCGCGAUUAGAUAACAAUUUACUGCUUGAACGUACGGCUAUAAUUUCUUUUUGCAAAAAUAACCUUAAAUGACUAUAAUCGCCACAACGAUUUAGAAAACAAAUUCUAUGUUAAAUGUAUAUCAUUAAUCUGAAAACGUAUUUUAAUCUUAAUUUUAAUAUUAGAAUUUUAUGCACACAUUAUGCAUAAAUGAUUGACAAAUCCGCCAUCUCGAUUUUCUUGGAUGUAUAUCCUUGACUAAUGUAAUUUUUAAAGUUUCUCUCACAUAUCUAUAUGCACAUAAAAUAUAAAUUUAGCAAAUCAAUUUAUAUGGAAUAAAAAAGAAUGUUAUAAUGUUAUAUGCAAUUCAAGGUAUUUGAUAAAUAAUUGCAGUGAAAUGUCAAUAAUUUUAUUCUCUUUGUAGCUUAGCUCUGUGUCUCUGCUAAAAUUAAUAAUUAUAACUUUUGAAAUAUAUAACAGAAUUUUUUUGAAAAAGAAAUUAAAAGCAAGAGCAAUAAUGGUGAAAUUAUUCGUUAGUUAAAGACAAAAGUAAUUUUCAAUCUCUUCCUUUUAAAUUCUUUAACGUAAAGAUUUGCGCUAGAUUCACCAGAUGAUCCGUUUUUGUUGUGUCAAGUCAAGAGAUAGCUUGGAGCAUUAACGGCGGGGCGCAUGCGAGUCGAUUACACGGAAUAGUUUACGAUCUCGAAGUUAACUUGCGAACGUUCACGGGCUACGUCGAUGCCGUUCUAUACCACCCUCGCCUUUCUCGCCCUUCCGCGAGAGGGAUGAGAUGCGCAAGGUCAGAUCUUAAGGGUGGGAGGAGGGUUGCUAGGUUGACAACCCUGCCAGCCAGGCAGAGGGACUCCGCCCAUUGGCGGAAACCACGGAAAAAAAGGAAGAGAAGGGUGAAUUCCGUGGGUCUCAAUGAUGGCGAUAAAAACGGCGAGAGGGCGAACGGAGGGAAGAAAAGGAAAAGGGAUAAUGGUAAAGCAAAAGAAAAAGAGAAAAAAUAGGGGAGAGAGAGAGAGUGAGUGUGUGUGUGUGUGUGUAAAGGACGAAAGAGCAGUCUCGUUCGCGAAUGUUAAUUAACGACGAAUUAUAAUUAUUCGCUGUGGGGUUUGGUCGCGAAAGGCGCGCGAAAAAGCGGCCGCGAAAUUAGUCAGAUGAAAGAUUGCGCAACUAUAAAUGCCGAAACGCGAUCGUUAAAUUCAUCGAUGCAAUAAUCCGCUGCUUUUUGUUUAAGCGCCGCGAGAUUUAUGGUCGCACGGUACCCCGUUGCGAUACUCGAAAUUCUCCUCCCCCGCAUAUCGUCUUGUGAAUUACAAGGAACGUCAUUAGCUAGGCAAUCGCGCAGCACACUUCAAAACGGUAAAAUUUCAACUGACCAUUUGACGAUCGUAACGCAAACAUUUUAACCACGGUAUUUUACAUUGUUCAAAUUGCCGUGCUUAAAUUACUGAGCGAUGCCCGGCAGUAAUUGAAACCUCAGUUAGCGCUCGGUAAUUUUUGAUAUGUUUAAUCGUUAUUGUUAUAUUAACAAUGAAUCUACAGGGUUGCGGCUCUAUUGAUAAAUUUAAAGACUUGUGUAACGAAAUUAAUUCUCGUGUUUACCAAAUUUUUUAUUGAUACCCGUAAUUUGUUGAUAGUUCAUUUAUCGUCAAUGUUUAAUUUUCAUUCAUUGUGUAUUUGUAACUAAGCUAAAAAUAUAUUUCAUGAUCUUAAAAAAAAUCUUUAAAUCAAAUAUACCUAUAUUUAUGGAGUAAGUCACAUAAAGUUAAAUCAUAAAGCUAUAAUUUUUAUAUAUUUAUUUUUUGAUAAAUAUUCAAAAAUAAUAUCGAUAUAUACAGUAAAAGUUUUUAGAAAGAUCUAAAUUGGCAUAUAAAAUUUCGGUUUACGUGUGAAUGCAGAUACUUUUGUUCAAAUGUUGUAUCGAUGUGGUAAUUUGAUUGUGAUUAUCUAGAUUGAAAAAUGUAUAGUUCAUAAUUUGCGUUUAGCAAUGUUUGUACUAAGUUAAGAAAUGAUUUUAAUAUUCCGUUGUUUGCAACACUUUAGUGAAUUAUCGCGCAUGUGCAAUUGCUAACUCUCUAUUUUCCUUUGUUCAAAAAUUUUACAUUUUGAGUUAAAUUUUGAUUACGGAUAAAAAACAAAUAAUUGCAUUCAGUUCUCGGUAGCGUCAAAAACAAAAGAAAAUGAUAUCUGCCCAUCUAUAAAUUAAUGUAAUCUGCGGAGAAUGCGCGAUAUGCUGUCGAGAUUCCUUCAAGGAAUUGUCGGCUCCGAAUUCAUUAGAGAAUCUGCGAAACACUUGAAAGAAACACGCAACUUUUGUCAUCAAUCUUAUCAGCCCGUAAAAACAGGAAUUUUUUCCGCGGAUCGGAUUAGUUGCUACUUUACGUGAUUAGUACGGCGAUUAUGUCGCAUUGUUAUAUUUUUACACCGGCCUGUGGACUGUGUCAACCAGAUCGUACGGCGAUUUAACCAUCGAAUAUACAAAAAAGCCCAGCACAAUGCACGCCUCGUUAUGCACGCGCGCUCUUACAAUGAAAGCGCUUAAUCUUCUUUCUAAAUAAAACGCGCGCGCCACGCUCGAAAGGCCUCCGAACAUUUCGAUCGAUGUCCCCCAACGCAAUUAAUAAGCCAUUUCUCUCUCUUUUUUUUAAUAACAAAUCAUCGCCACGCGCGCACGCUUACUUUGCGUACCUGCAUGUGAUUUUAAUUCGACUCAUUGCGGAUAAUUUCGUGUAAUUCCGAUCGAGUUCCCAUUGUGAUAAUUAUUCGACGGGCGUUUCGAGCGAGCCGGAAAUUAGUAUUUAUAAAUAAAAUAACGCGUGUCGCGAAAGAAGGAUUUAACGUUGCGUGCGCGCCAACGAUAUUUCAUUCUUUCGACGGGGCAUAAAGAGCUGAAUGUUAUAUUGAAUGUAUCAUUAGAAAAGAAGGAGAGAAUAUUUCUCGAGUACGAACUGGAACGCUCGCUGCGAUUUGUAUCUCGCGAUGCACCCGCGAUUACAUUAAAUCGCGUAAAGCCGGCGUUACGUUACGCGGAAUGCGUAGCGCAUAUUUACAACGAAAUGUUCACCAUUGCAUGCAGAACCAAUAUUAAUUUAAGCUUUGCCCGGAACCAAUGACGUAACGUUUGUGUCCGCUGCGCGUGCACAUUUAUUAAUAACCGCGCCGUUAAUAUUUCAUCAAAUUUCAAUUGAAGUUUUCGAAUUGGUCGAUGUAUCAGAUCGAGUCGUUUGUCGGAGCGCCCAAAAAAUUUGCGCGUUUCAUCUUGGAAAGACGAAGCUGGGAGGGGGACGGAAAAAAAGACAGAUUGUUUUUAAAAGAGCGGGAUAUAUUGAACGCGAGCUUGUACGACUGUACUGAACGUCAUGUCCGUAAGAUCCUUGGGGCCGAAGUGAGACGAAGGCGCGUAAUGUGUUCUCUUUUAAUUUCAACAGGGAGACGCGGUCUGGCGAUGCUCCUGUCAUGUGCAGGAUGCGAGAAACCGAUAAUGGAUCAGUACCUGCUGAACGUUUUGGACCGUGCAUGGCACGUCGAGUGCGUACGCUGUUUCGACUGCAGAGCUGCGUUGCAGGACAAGUGCUUCUCCAGGGAGGCGAAGCUCUUCUGCAGGAACGACUUCUUCAGGCGGUACGGCACCAAGUGCGGCGGCUGUCUCCAAGGGAUAAACCCGCAGGACCUUGUGAGGAAAGCGAGAGACAAGGUUUUCCACCUGAAUUGCUUCACCUGCCUGGUGUGUCGGAAGCAGAUGAGCACUGGCGAGGAGCUCUACGUCCUGGACGACAACAAGUUCGUUUGCAAGCAAGACUACCUGUCGGGCAAACCGCUGCCGGAUACGCAUCACGUGCACGGUCACCACGAACCGUCCAACCUGUCGGCAGGCGGAGACUCGUUGAUGGGCUCGGGAUCGGAAGACGAGGACGAAGACGGUAGUGCCCACCAUCACCAUCACGAUCCAGCCGUUCGCGGUGCUCAUCUCGGUUCCCACAAUAUUGGUCCGGGUGGUACUGGCGACCAGACCGUCGGCCACGGCGGCGAACUACCUCUCGGUAGCGACCCCUGCAAGCAGGAAGACUCCGAGGAUCAAGGUUCCCUAGACGGCGAUCCCGAGACGAGGGACAGCCAGACGGAGAACAAGAGCCCGGACGGCGGCGCCGGCGGUGGCAGCGGCGACGGCGGCGCCGGCUCGAAGCGACGCGGCCCACGGACCACCAUAAAGGCGAAACAAUUGGAGAUCCUGAAGACGGCCUUCUCGUCGACCCCGAAGCCCACCAGACACAUCAGGGAGCAGUUGGCGAAAGAGACUGGCUUGCCCAUGAGAGUCAUACAGGUCUGGUUCCAAAACAAGAGGAGCAAGGAGCGCAGGUUGAAGCAGCUGACGUCGAUGGGCAGGAACCCCUUCUUCGGGGGCUCGCGCAAGAUGCGCGGGUUUCCGCUGAACCUGAAUCCGGGCGCCCUCGGUGGCGAGGACGGACCGCCGCCCGGUUUCCCGUACUUCGGCCCGGACAAGUUCGAAUUCGGCUACGGCGGCCCGGUGGCCUUUCAUCACGAGUUCUUCGGCGGGCAUCCGCCCCCGCAUCCGCAUGGACCGCAUUUUGCCGGUACGGGAAAUCCAGUACGUAAUCUGUUUCUGACAGGUCUGGACCCGGCCAGUUUAGCGGGCAUGGCAGCCGCAGUGGCGGUGGCAGGGGAAUACCCACCUCCAGGCGCGGGGGGCGGCCCUCCGGAAUUUCUCACGGGGCCCCCCGGGCAGGGGCCCCCUGCGCCCACCGGCGGCAGUCCCGGAGAGUUCCUGGCACCUUCAGGUGGAGGGCAGGGUAAUCCGAGCGGCGGUGGCGGCGGCGGCGGCGGGAACGGCGGUGGUCCGGGCGGCGGCGGCGGCGGUGGUGGCGGGGUCGCGGGCGGCGGGUUCCUGGAGCCGCACCAGAUGCAGAGCGAAGGGCUCGCCUGGUAGUACGAGUUUUAAUUAUCGUCCCUUUUAUGAUAAUAACAAUUCCGCCCGCGCGCCCGGAAUCGAAACGGAUCGCGAGAGUGCGCCCACGAAGCGCGAGAGCGAGGAACUGGCGACGGCGACGGCGACGGCGGCGGCGGCGGCUGCGGCGAUUUCGAAUCCGGAGGACGACGGAAGGUUCGGCGCUUCGUUGCUUUCCUUCCCAUCCCCGGUUGUUUCCGUUUCUUUUCGUCCCUGUCCCUUCCAUUCUUUCCGUUUCGUAUUGCGAUCGCGAUUGCGAGUCACCGUGAAAUAUCGACUCGCAUUUAUGUAAGAUAAAGACACGAAGAGCGUCUGUCCGUGAGCGCCUCGAUUCACAGUUAUCGGCGCUUAUUAUCCCUAUUGAUUACGCACCUCGGCGCCGCGACGCCGACGUUACUAUUUUCAUUAUUAUUAUUAAUAUUAUUAAUUAUUGAUUAUUAUUAUUAUUGUGUAUAAAAUUCGAAGAGGUCCCUAUCGUGUAAUAUUGUAUCCUUCCCUGUUGAUUAUUAUUUCUUUUCUCGACGUUACUUUGGAGACACCCUGUAGAUAUCUGCUGUUGUACACCGUUGAUAAAGACACGCGUACACCGGUCGCUAAACACGUACACACAUUAACACGCAACGUCACACGUGCAUACGAACAGAUACACGGAUACAUGUAUCCAUCACACUUGGAGAGACACGCUGUACUAAUAUUAUCAUUAAAGUAUAAAUAUAAAUAGGAAACGUGUAAUUUGUAUCUGUUAAGAGCGGCGAGAUCGAUGUAAAUACACACGAGGAACACGCAGAAAACACACUCUAUUCUCUCUCUUUGCUAAAAUGCGCGCGUGCCGAUUUGCGCUGAGAGACGGUUGGCUUACUCCACGAACCGGAAGUUAAUAUAUAUAUAUAUAUAUAUAUAUAUAUAUAUAUAUAUAUAUAUAUGUGUAUGUAUGUAUGUAUGUAUGUGUGUAAUGUGACACAACACACCGAGUAAGGCAAAUCGGGAAAGAGAUGCGCUGCCGCGACGCAUAACGCGAUUAUAAAUACUAUUAUAAUAAACCACCUCGUAUUUCCGUAUCCGGAGCUGUGCAUUUCAUUUCCUUCUGACCGUCGUGUGACGCUUUUCCUUAGGUUGGGCGAGUGACGUUGUGUAGAAGGACGGAGGAGAAUCUCUGGUUGCUUGCUUGUGGAGAUUAACAAUUUGAUACCUCGUGUAAGCAUACAACUUUUCAUUUAUUUCGUAACAACAGUUCAUCCGGUUAUUGAAGUUUCUGCAAUCACAAAUUACGAAAAAAAA